AAUACUUAUUGACCUGAACAAAGGUCGAGAACGCCACUGAUCACUUUGACCGUUUGCCUAACUCGACUUCCCGAGAAAGGGAGUUUGUAUUGGCACUCGGCGAUUCAUGCCAUCAAGUGUGAAAAGCGCUUGUUCUCUUGUUGAACGACGGUUGUAUCAAGUCACAGCUUCAGAAUGACGCCUACAGGUAUAUAUACAGAUACUCUAUGCCACUUGGCCGAUGGUUAUGCACAAUGUGCAUCCUUCUAUCCAGAACUUACCAGUGCUCCCCCGAGGUCACUCACACACGCAAAUACUACCUCCGCUGCACCAUUGGCUCUUCCUUCUGGGCCCCGGAAUACUAUCAGCAGCCUGGGAACCCCGACCACCCUUGUGCGGAUGGAUUGGAGGCCAUCGACGAGGAAUGGGACGGGCCUUGCCCGGAGUGCCAGGGCUUGGUCAACGCGCUCCCAUCCCAUUCGGGCCCUACAAUCGUCCCCUACAACCGCGCACCAGCACUGCCAAGCCAGCGGCCGACGAGGACAAAGAGGCCUUAGCCGUUGCCCAGUAUGUAGGGUCCCUGGCGAACUGGUUGCUCACCUACCUCCACGCCCCGAACGGACCAUUCUAUGACACUGACCCGCUUCGCUACGAGCCUGAAAUCGGCGGCUGGAUCGAGGACGGCCUCAAGGAGCGGCACAUGGGGAUCCUAGCCGAGCUGAACUGCCGCGUCAAUCCCGAGCACGGCUGCCACCUGAGGCUGGAGACGGAUGAAGAGCACGACGAGGGCAUUUUUCUCUCGGACGACGGGACCAACGAUUGCGACUGCUGGUCCACUUAUAGGCCGUUUCUGGUCAACCCGGCGCUGGAGAUCCGCCGCCGUGUGUCGAUGGCCGUCUACAUCCAGUUCGUCAGGUCCCUUACCCUCGGCGAGCUGGAAGAGGAGCGCGAUUUCGACAGAGUUUGGCAUGAGGCUCAGAAGCUCUACAAAGACAGCAUUCUCGGCACGGAUAACCCGAGGUCCAAGAUCGGCCACCACCCCGUCCUCGAGACGCUGACCAUCUAUCCCACCAAGCUUGUCGAACGCGGGAAGGCCCUGGAGGACCUAAGCUGGGAGCUCCACCGCACCUACCUGCGGUGCUACCAGUGGCGGAGCCUCAGCGACGAAGAUCGGCAGCGCUUCCGGGCCCGCUUGAAGAUGAUGAAGGCGCGAAAGAUCCUAAUCAUGUUCACGUUCCUCUUUGUCAAACACGACCCCCGCUGGCAGACGCGCCAAGCAAACCCGUACAUAGGUCCCGGCUGGCUGCCCGUCGAGCUGAUCCGGCGCCUCGGAGCGUCGGUCAAUCGCCACUACAACGACAUCGCCAGGUGGGUGGAGCGGACGAUCCUGCUCGAGAUGCGCGAAGCGCAUUCGGUCGGCUAUCGCGAUACCUGGCGGUGGCGUUGGCACUGGGCCGACCGGAAGCGCACGCGGGCCGUCCUUGACAAUGUCGUCCCCGCAACGGAGGAGGAGCUUGAAGCUCUGCGAAACGGGGUAGGGGAAACGUUCUGCGCCGGGUGCGGGCUCGAUUUUGAUGACCACGACACGGUCCUUAAAAUAGUCGUGCGCAACAAGCACUGCCCCCCGGGCUCCCGGCACUGGGCCAUCGAGUCGUGCCUGGUCAAACUUGGCCGGGUGCUGUUCCCCCCGAAGAUGGUUGCUCCGCCCCCGCGGUGUCCCAUCUGCCGGACCGAGUUUGCUCCGGGGUUUACCUUCGACCGGCCAGACGAAGGCGACGAGGAAGAAGAGGUCGAGUUUGGCAGGGAGUCUGACUCAUCCGACUCAUCUGAGGGCUCGGAAGAGAGCUCGACUGAGAACUCGAGUGAGGACUCGAGUGAGGACUCGGAAAUUUUUUAUCCAAACGAGGUUUCUUAUUUGGUUGAGAGGGCCGAGAGGGCCGAGAAGAAAAAUCGACUUAAGCCAGGGCCGGGAUGGUGCCCUCAUUUUGAUGAGCGUGAAGACGAGGAUAAGGAGCUAGAUUACGAGCUGAGGAUGGUCGAUGACGAGAGCAGGGGGUUCUUCAAUUGGGACUCGCAAAAUGUCCCGGGACACUGGGUCGCGGUGUGGAACCAGCGAAACGCGAGCACCGAUGACGGGGAUGCUUCAGGUCAGCAGGGUUAAAAGGGGCAGGAGGUUGACGGCGCGGGCGUCGCAGCAAUCAAGAGAUAGACGAGGGGACUUGGACUACUUCAAGUCAUAGAUCAUGGGAUAAUAUUAU